AUGGCCAUCGCAAUGAUCCAACUAGCCCACACCCGCGAUUUACCUAUCAAGCUGUGCCAACUAAUCCUCUUCUAUCCAGUCACCGACACAGCAGAGAAAAGUGCCACAUAUACAAUCUACAAGGACGGUCCUUACCUCACCGAACGCACGAUGGACUGGAUGAUAGGUGCCUUUCUACCGAACGACAAGGACAGACGUAAUGCACUUACUUCGCCAUUGAAGUAUGCGUCGGAUGAAGAGUUAUCCAGGUUUCCUCCGACCACUAUCUUUUUGUCCGGUGCGGAUCCCCUUAUUGGAGAAGGUCGGGCUUUUGGUUUGAGGUUGCAGAAGGCUGGUGUCGAGACUGCCAUUUUGACGGCUGAUGGGCAGAUCCAUGAUUAUGUCAUGCUUGAGCCUAUUCGGGGGACGGCGACUGCUAAAGCUGUUGUUAAGCUGGCUUCGCUGCAUUUGAAGAGGGCAUUGGAUGUGUGA